GUGACAAAAUGUGAACUUGCAGGGACAUAAACACUUUAGCAAUUCACUGACUUUUAAAUAGAAUUACCUGUUUAACUCGCAAAGAUGAAUAAAGGGUAUUAAACUUUUGCAGCUAUCCAAAACGUAUGAUGCACGGUAAUUUUUGUCAUCAUUUUACUUCCUCCUCGGUUUUGUUAGGCUAGCUGGUAUUAGUUUGAGUUUUACUUUAUUGUUGGUAAAUACAAGACUUCCUAAUAAGCCCGCAUAGAGAUGACUGAUUAUUAGGAUAUUCGAUGCCAAUCCCAGCUGUUACACCGGGAGACACAUUCAGAGAAAGCAACAAAGUGUUCUGAUUUGCUACUUUGUGGUCACGUGACCCCACAUCCGCUCUGUGGCUGUUGCUGUUAUGACAACGAACUUUGGAUGGAGCCGAUGAAUGGUAGCGACGGAGAAGAUGGUCAACUCUCACAAAAAACAGCCCAAGUCCCUCCGAUGUACAGUGUAUCUGGACAUUGGGAAAGUUACAUGCCCAGGAGUCCUCCUUAAAAAAAAGUAUGGCAUCUACAUCAGUGUGCGUAUAAUGGGCCAGUACAAGAAGACUACAUGUUUGCCUCCUGUUUUCCCUCUCGUGUUCAAUCACAGAAUGGUUUUUGUCAAGAAUUUCUCUGGCAUUUUUGACCCUGCUGAUGUAGCUGACCACCUCGAAGCUGACACCACAGUUUUUGAGCUGAUUCAGUUGGUCCCUCCAGAGGGGGAUAUUCUUGCCACAGCGGAAGAAUGCAGCAGAACUUUCCUGUAUCCGGGUCCCAGCCUGACUACCACAGAAGCACCUGCAAAAAGAGAUAUGAUGAUGAACAGAACCUCCUUGUUUCCUGGAAUCUCCCCGAAAGUGGAGUUUGCGACGACGUCAGUCAUAGAGGAGAGUGAUUGGCGAGACAGCUGGGUUCCUUCGCCUACCUGUCGUGUUUCUCCUUUGAGGCCGUGCAAAACCCCGCCUCCGCAAAGACCAACAGAGAGGUUUUCACCGCAAAGCAAAGCAUACGGUGUUGAUCCAGACUGCGUCGUGGUCAAAGACGACUCCAGUCCUCAGACAAACAAGAAGGGCAGGAAACGGGGAGCUUCUGAGGACGCCGGGUACCAACGGCAUACAGUUUCCUCCAGGGCACGAACUCUGUCUCCUUACACGCACCGCAGGAUGUGCGAGCUGACCGAGGAGAGCAGGCAGCGGAUGAGUCACCUCCACCUGGGGCCUCACCACUUUCGCAAGUCAACGGAGAAGCAGCCACCCUUUUUGGUCCCUCGUCACAGUGAAGUCACUGGGAUGGGAACACCGAACUGCAGCAUGCAUCAAAACACCGCCAGUUUCUCAGCUGAUCACACAGAUGAUUUUCUCUAUGGAAGCUACAGACAGAGAGCAGAGCAGAUAGAAUCGGCUUCAGCGAGGCUCCAGGCGUCUCCGGAGACACAUUCCCAUCAUGAACCCGAGAUCAAAGGCCCAGGCUGGACCGAGCUGCGGCGGACCCGGUCCGUCUCAGCUUGGUCCGGCCUGGCAGUGACAGAAUCAGGGAGGCUUCUGAAUGUCAGCAGCUGCUCCCUCAGAGAACGACUUCAGACUCGUCCAUCCUAUGGGGAACAGAUCCACAACCGGAUCCAGAAGAUUCUGCAGACGCACAGAGUCGCCUAUGAGCACAGAUACAGCUGUAACUUUUAAUCCACUGCAUGAGUGUUUAUACAGCAAAACCUAGAUGUUAAUUCUAAUGCAUCCAGUGUUUUUCCUCUAAAUUGUAUGUCAAGGGACAGCAGAGCUAUAUAUACAUAUAAAUAUAAAUAUAUACUAGUAAGG